AUGGACGAGGAUGCCUACGCCGCUACUUUGCAGGCGUGCGCGCUGGUGACGGAUUUGGAGCUACUGCCGGCGGGUGACGCCAGUGAGAUCGGCGAGAAGGGUAUCAACCUGAGUGGAGGCCAGAAGCACCGGGUGGCGCUGGCUCGUGCCACGUACGCCGCCGCGGACAUCUACCUGUUGGACGACCCUCUUUCCGCCGUGGACGCCCACGUCGGCCGCCACCUGUUUGAGGAGUGCAUCUGCGGGCUGCUGGAGGACCGCACGCGAGUGCUCGUCACACACCAACUGCAGUACUUGCCGUCCGCGGACCUGGUGGUGGUGAUGGCGGGCGGUGCCGUACAGCACGUGAGCACGUGUGGCGGGCGGGGGGGGUGGGGGCGGGUUGUGGCGGGCGGGGGGGGAAGGGAGGAUUCGGGGGGGGCGGAGAUUGGGGGAGGGGAGAUCGUUUGCGUGUGUGUAUAUAUGUAUAUGUUUCGGGUACUUGUUGUUAAAGUGAGCACAAAUACUUCGUCUUUCCCCCCCUCCGGCCCCCUCGCUCCGGCCCCCCCCCCCCAGGUCGAGGAGCGUGCCAAAGGCCGUGUGGAGCGGUCUGUGUAUGCGGCCUACCUGCUAGCCUGGUCGGUAGCGUACCUGCUGCCCGUGGCGGUCGUGUGUUUCGCGCUAGGGGAGAGAGGGCUGCAGGUGCUGCAGAACUUUGUGCUAUCGUCCUGGUCUAACGCCACGGCGGAGGCGGAGGAGGAACACAAGCGAGCACACAACGGAAAGUACCUGUCGCUGUACUUCAUCCUGGGCUUAAGCUCCAUCGGCGUGCAGCUGCUGCGCUCCUUCCUGCUCAUCCUGGGCUCCAUUAGAGCGUCCAGACUGCUGGCGAAGAAGCUGCUGGACAAGGUCGUACGACUGCCCAUGAGCUUCUUUGACCAGCAACCCACGGGUCGGCUCCUAAACCGCUUUACGAAAGACACGGAGGCACUCGACAUCAACGUAUCGGGCGCCGUGAACUCCGCGCUUUCCACCUUCGUCACCGCCAUGCUGUCGGUUGUGGUGGUGGUGGUGGUGACGCCGCUGGCGGUGGUGUGUUUCCUGCCGCUGUCUUUCGUGUACUACCGUGUACAGCAGCUGUACAUCGCCUCUUCCCGGGAGUUGAAGCGGUUGGACUCGUUGGCGUUCUCGCCCAUAUUUCAGCAUUUUGGGGAGACCUUGACGGGCCUUACGACUAUUCGGGCGUUUCGUAAGAUGGACCAGUUUAUGGACAAGAACAGGGCCAACCUCAACCACAGCAACCGAGCCUACUGGCCCAUCCAGGUGGUUAACCGUUGGCUGUCUGUACGACUGGAGCUCAUGGGCGCAUUUGUCGUAUUUACCGCUGCUGUAACCGUGGCCGUCAUCUUCCCCCGCAAUGCCGGACUCGCGGGUCUGGCCAUUACGUCGGCUCUCAAUUUGACCGGAAUUAUGAACUGGAUGGUACGGCAAACGACGGAGCUGGAAGUCAACAUGAACAGCGUGGAGCGAAUGGUGGAGUACAACAGGUACGACGAGGAAGCUCCUGCCGUGAUUGAAAGCAAUCGCCCACCGAAGAACUGGCCGACGGAGGGCGCCAUUAGCGUCAAGGAUUUGUACGUGCGGUACCGCGCCGAGCUGGAUCCGGUCCUUCGUGGUCUGAGUUUUGAGAUUUCGGGGCGGGAGAAAGUGGGCGUCUGUGGUCGUACAGGUUGCGGCAAGAGCACCCUCAUGAUGACGUUGUACCGCCUGGUGGAGCCCAGCUCCGGAACCAUCAAGAUUGACGGGUACGACAUCACGGCAAUGGGCCUGUACGACUUGCGAUCCCGGCUGAGUUUGGUGCCUCAGGAUCCUGUCAUCUUUUCGGGCUCUGUGAGAUCCAAUUUGGAUCCAUUUGGUCAAUUCAAGUCGCGAGGAGAUGGUGAGAUGUGGGAGGCGCUGAAGCGGGCGGGACUGGACGAGACCGUACGGGCGUACGACAAGGGUUUGGACGCGGAGGUGAAGGAGGGUGGCGCCAAUCUGAGUGUGGGUCAGCGACAGCUGCUGUGUAUGGCUCGGGCGCUACUGAGGGCGAGCAAGAUCCUUGUGCUGGAUGAGGCCACUUCCAACGUGGACAACUCGACUGAUUCGCUCAUUCAGAGGACCAUCCGUACGGCGUUCAAGGACUGUACGGUUCUCACCAUUGCCCACCGGCUGCACACAAUAGUGGACAGCGACCGCAUUCUGUUGCUCGAGGGAGGGCAGCUGGGGGAGUUCGGGUCCCCCGCCCAGCUGCUCCGAAACCCGCAGUCGCAUUUCCGGUCCCUUGUGGAGGAGACGAUGCGGGGCGGGGGAGCCGCAGCGGAUGUGGUGGCGCAGGUGUACAAGUCGGCCACGGAUGGGGAGUGA